AUGGCGAAUUCGGGUGAUGGUAUUGACGGGGAUGCAACUGCUGGUAUUUCAAAUAAUACACAACGUAAUCCAUUAACUUGUGGUGUUUGUCAAGAUUAUUUUAAUGAUCCUUGUCUAUUGACUUGUUUUCAUACUCUGUGUGCCAGAUGUAUUCGCGGACCUCAUUUGGAUUCAAAAGUUAUUUGUCCCAUUUGCGGACAAGUGACACAAUUAAAAGAAGGGGCGCAAAUGCCACCGGUUGAUCAAUUGAUAAGGCAAUUAAUUGAAAUAGCCAAUUCGGAAAACCCAGCAUGUGCUAAUUGCGACAAACGUGAUAAAUCAACAAUGUACUUUUGCACUACUUGCUGUCAAGCAUUAUGUACACACUGCCGUGAGCACACUCACCGCGCAAAAAUGUUUUCAUCACACGAAGUUGUGCAUAUGAGUAAAUGCUCAAAAGAUACUCAAAGACGUUGCCCAUCACACGGGGAUUUAUUUAUCAUGUACAGUCAAAGUACUAAAUCAAUGUUAUGUGCAACUUGUUUUCGUGAUACACCAGCAGAUGCACGAAUUCAUUGUGUCGACAUUGACACGGCAUGGCAACAGGCUAAUAAAAAAAUGGAACGCGCUGCCAAUUCACUUUGCGAAUUGCAAGCCGGCGUCCACGACAGUCUAAUGGCACUGAAGAGCCAAUUGGAAGAAUUGAGACAUAAUUUAGAUUCAGAGAAACGUUCGCUUAAUUCUUACUGUCAGGGCAUGCAGGAGGUUGUUACCAAAACCCACAAUUCUGUAUCCGCUGAAUUGCAACGUCAAUUUGAAACAAAGGAACGUAUGGUCAGAGCCCAAUUACUAAGUCUAGGGUCAGCAAUACCUGUAUUGCAAAUGCACUUAAUGUUGUGCACUGUUUUUACAAGCGGUGCUACUAAGUACCAAUUUCUAGAGCUUGCUCACCCCAUGCUUGAGCGACUUGGACGGGUCGCACAGCUUGGACAUCCGUCCAGACCGCCGGUGUUGGCUGGUCAUUUUAAAAUAAAUUAUAGAGUUGAAUUUUCGAGGGCAUUACAACCAUUUUUAGGACAAAUAAAUAGUAAUACGCAACAACAGCAGCAGCAACAGCAACAACAUCAGCAACAGAAAGAUUUGUACGAGCACACUCAUCAGAUUUCUAAUGAGCCGCCGCUCCUUCAGAACACAAAAUUAUCAUCUCGAAUAUUGAAAUCAGGGCAAGAAAGUGGCCAAUUUUCCAGCCACUGCCGUACAUUCGAUUCACAACUAAAAGAAUUGACUCAACAAUUAAUGGCCGUAAAAGAUCGUAUAAGUGAAUUACAUCAUGACGUAACAGUACUGAGACGCGUCAACACUCCCCCGAUAAAUUUGCGGUAUGAACACGCCGUAAGAGAUUGUCGAUUACUUGAACAGGAAUUGGAGCAUCACCAAAUAGAAUUAGAACGAUUGAGAAAUAUAUUUGAUGCACUAUGGGAAGAACAGUUGUGUAAAAUCCACAUCGAGAAGGAGAUAUUCCAUUCACAGAUGAACGAUAUUCUAACAUUGAAAGGAGAACUCAAACAAUUGCAGUCAGUUUCCCAGCAAAUGGAACCCUUCAUAAAAUCAUUUUCUGCGGGAAUUUCCGCUGGUGAAAUGAAUGCUGCCGUUGCCGAUGCUGCUAAUCAUCAACAUUUACAAGCACUUUUGGAACAUUUUACAAGGCUGCAGAUGCAAGAACCCCAGCAGCAACAACAACAACAGCAGCAACAACAGCAACAGCAGCAGCAACAACAGCAGCAACAACAAUCGAAAGAUUGCCGACAUUCCAAGGGCUCCAAUAUGUCCGAUAACAUUUUUUAUAUAAAAGAUUCAAAAGACGUGCCAAGAUGUAGGACACCUUCGGGGGGAGUCGGCGCACUUCUAGAUUCCGGUGGUAACAUAAUUGUUUACGGAACCGCUAAAUCAUCGGAAGCUAAACGGGGUGUACUGAGUCAAUUGAUUGAAAAAGCGCGAACUCGCGAGGAUCGUAAGAAAUCACCGGGGAGAGACAAAGAGGAAGGGGGUAGCAGAGAUCGUAGUCAAGGACGACGCUCACGGAAAUCACCUGACAGUGGUCACAAGCCCAAAACACCACCGGGUCACUCGUCUUCGUCGACUUCUGCCAGUAAAGUGCGUUCUAUUUACCGGUCAUUGAAAGGUGGCGCUGGUGACAAUGCGGAGGCGACGGAACAAGAUAAUAAAAAUAGCGAAAGUCAAUCGCAGAAAGAUAACGCUGGAGCAACUGAAGAAAGUGAAUACCAACGAAUAUCUGAAGCUUCAACACUCGGUGAGGUCAAAAAAUCACGUGUACAAGCGCAAAUUCACGCAGCUCCACAAGACGAAUCACAGACAGGAUCAUCAAAAGCUAAUGACCAGCGUCAAAAAAGCGUAAGAGUUUAUCCAGCGAGUGAUUCCGAGGACGUUUUUUAUUCUGGUGAAAAAACAGCUGAUGGUAGAAGAAAGAGACGGGCAAGUUGCGACAGUUUAAGUACCACAGGAUCGGGGGGUAGUAGAAGAUCAAGUCUCACUGAUGGCGCGUUAAUUGCCCAAAGUAAUAAGGAUCCGCGCAAAACAUUGUUAGUGUUAAUAGGACCGACCUCAGCAAAAUCAACGCCAAGUCUCGUUUCAAAACAACGAUCAUGGGAAACAUUUCCGCGACCCAAAAGUAAACGGUCCGCUGCAAGCUCAGCAAUAAUUGCUGCGGCGGAAGCAAGCGCUACUGGUCUUGGUCCUUUAAAAAAGGCUGACAGUUUAGAAGGACAUGAAGAAGCGGUCAGGACUCUCGUUGCUGCGGUACAAGAAACUAGAAACCAGAGGCAUUAUCAUGCUCACCAUCAUCGGCACCAACGUAAAAGUGCCCAUUUUGCCCGGCCUUCGAGUUUUGAAAAAUAAUUACAUGAGAUAUUAAUUAUUUAACUAAUAGGCAAAAUAUUUUUUUUUUUUUAUAAAUAUUUACAUUUAUUUAUUAAAAAGAAAAAAAAAGCUGUAGACGCUCAAAAAAUAACCGGCAGUGCCAGUUGAUUGUAAUUUUUUAUCCUUGUUAUUUUUAAUAUUGUAUAUUGUUACUUUUCUUCCCAAUUGUUAACAUUUACUGCUCUGUAAAUGCUCUCAAUUAUUAAUAAUAAUUAUUAUUAUUAUUACUAUGAUAAUUAAAUAUAAUUAUUUAAAUACACGAUGGUAUUAUAUAAUUAUUUAUAACGAUAUUAAAGAAAUGAAAUAAUAUAUGACGCACUUUUAGGAGCCUUUAUUAGUAAAUAGUAGAUAAAAAUAAAAUAAAUAAAUAAUAUUAAUGGGACAGAUAAAUAAACUGUUAGUUAUUUUAAGUUAAUAUAAUAUAAUAAUAAUAAAAAAGCUAAAAGCAAAAAAGUUAAACAUAAAGACGUCGUGUACAAUUGUUUUGAAAAGACGAAGGCAAAUUUUUCCUCCUUGCUAUUUGUACAAUAAAUUUUUUUUAAAUAAUUUUCUUUAUAAACAUUUUUUAAUUGAUAUAAAUCUGUUAUUAUUUAGCGAGUUUGAGGACAAAUUUACCUUAAGUUUAAAAAAUUAAAAACAAACUUGAUGUAAAUUAUCAAAAUUUUAAUAAAUUUAUUAAUCAAAUUAAUUAAUAAUUAAAAAUAAUAAUUAUUAAUUAUUGUUAAAACAAAUUAUGAUUAAAUGAAAUUAAUAAUCAAUGCAAGAUUAUUAAUGUUAGUAAACAACACUGCCAGUUGCCAUGGUAUUACGAAUUUAAAAAAUUAUAAAAUUAAUAACUUUAUGUGCGAUACGUAUCUAAUAAGUAUUGAUGUACGUAUUGAAAAAGUUCAUAAAAUAAUGAUCAAAAAUAAAUAAAUUGUUAGAUAAAUUAAUAACAAAUAAAAUAUAAUUUUUUUUAAAUUUAUCUGUUAAAAAAUGUAUUAUUUCAAUAGGAUCAAUUGACUGGAUUUAAAUAAAUUUUUUUUUUGUUUAAAUUAAAAUUAUUGAUCUUUGUGUUUAAAAAAUUUCCAGGAUGCUCACUACAAGGACAUUAAUUAAUAUACCUAAUGUUAUAGUAAAUGUUAUUUAAUGAGUGAUUAAUCACUCUAAUAAAAGCCAAAUAAUAAUAAAAAAAAGUAAACAAACAAACAAAGUUGUGAAUAAUUAAUGAAAACAAAUUUAAUUUUGAAUUCAAUAAAUUAUUCAAUGUUAUAUAUAUAAAUAUAAAUAUAUAUAUACAAGUGGAUAAAACAUACGUAUCAAAAGAU